CGUGGGAGCUGAUGCAGCUAGUCAGCAACAAGAAAAAACAACUGUUCUCAUAAACUUGGUACCCCAAGAAGAUAAGUUUGAUGAUACAGCAGCAUUGUUAAUAUAUCAGAAAUUCUGGCAUAAAGAGAUUAUCACUGACGCCUCACUCUUUGGUACCUAUGAAGUAAUUUUUGUUCACUAUCCAGGCCUUCCACCAUCUCCACCUUCAAGUGUUUCUGGUAUAGAUGUUGAACCAUACAUUGGUCCAGGCAACAACAAUGGAACAAUAGUCAAGCCUCUAGGAGUAGAUGUUCCGAGUAAGCGAAAAGAAGGAAGUAGUAGAAGAAUGGCUGCUACCAUUGUGCUGUCAUCUUUUGCUGCAUUUGUUCUACUCAUUGGAAUUGUCUGGUUUUGUCUGUUGAAAUGUAGUUUCUGUGCAUUUGAACCUGAACAAAUUCCAGAUGUUGUAUUUUCAUUCUCUUCAAAGCGAUCGGCCUCAGGCGCGGCUAGUUCAUCGACUUAUUGGAGCAUGCCAGGUUCUAGAUCAAUGUCCUUCAGUUCAGGAACAAUAACAUAUACAGGAUCAGCUAAAAUCUUUACCUUGAAUGAAAUAGAAAAGGCGACAAAUAACUUCAAUCCGUCACGAAUACUAGGAGAAGGUGGCUUUGGUAUUGUUUACAAAGGUAGCCUAUAUGAUGGCAGGGAUGUGGCAGUGAAGAUUCUCAAAAGAGAUGAUCGUCAAAGUGGCCGCGAAUUUAUGGCAGAAGUUGAGACACUUAGCCGCUUGCACCAUAGAAAUUUGGUUAAACUGAUAGGUAUAUGCAUUGAGAAACAAACUCGCUGCCUAGUCUAUGAGCUUGUUCCUAAUGGCAGUGUAGAAUGCCACUUACAUGGUGUUGACAAGGAAACUGAUCCACUUGAUUUAGGGGCAAGGAUGAAGAUUGCACUUGGUGCAGCUAGGGGAUUGGCUUAUCUGCAUGAAGAUUCAAAUCCAUGUGUAAUACAUAGGGACUUUAAAUCCAGCAACAUCUUACUGGAACAUGAUUUUACACCAAAGGUUUCAGAUUUUGGACUGGCUAGAACAACAUUGGAAGAGGGAAACAAGCACAUCUCCACACAUGUUAUGGGAACAUUUGGCUACCUAGCUCCUGAGUGUGCAAUGACUGGCCACCUUCUUGUCAAAAGUGAUGUUUACAGCUAUGGAGUUGUACUCCUUGAGCUCUUAACUGGAAGAAAACCGGUGGAUUUGUCACAACCACGAGGUAAAGAAAACCUUGUUGCUUGGAUUCGUCCGCUUCUGACGAGUAAGGAGGGUUUGUUGAAGAUCAUAGACCCAGUUAUUAAGCCCUACAUUUCACUUGAUACUGUGUUAAAAGUUGCAGCCAUUGCAUCAAUGUGUGUGCAACCAGAAGCCACUCAACGUCCUUUCAUGAGUGAAGUUGUUCAGGCCUUGAAGCUUGUAUGCAGUGAGUCUGAGGAAACAAGUAAUGUAAGAACAAGGAGUUUUCAAAACGAUGAUCACGUGACUGAUGUAGAAGGGAAAAUCUUAAGAGUUCCUAGUUAUAGAGUGAACUUUUCAGUGUAACAAUUGUUUUUGUUGUUCGUCAUUGAAAGUUACUAGCAAUAUCACUAAUAACUUUCAUUACAAGGUACCAAUUGUGGAUGAAGAAAUCAUUUCGAUUCAUUUCUUUUAAA